GAGCCGGUCGCAGACAGUCAGACUUUGCUAUUCAGCUUUUUAGUGCGUUUACAGCGACCGGCGGCACAUCAUCUCGCGUUCACGCCAUCCGCUCAACCUCUACAGCACGCGCACCACACCAUUGAUCGGUGUCUUCGAUACAAGUCCAGAGGUAGUUCACCGAAAACAUGCCGAACAUAAUCAACGAGGUGAAGUUGGACUUCAAAGACGUGCUGCUCAGGCCGAAAAGGAGCACACUCAAGACCCGGGCUCAAGUGGACUUGUUUCGGCACAUUACGUUUCGUAACUCCAAGCGCACGUAUCAGGGUAUACCGAUGAUGGCAUCCAAUAUGGACACUGUCGGGACGUUCGAAAUGGCAGCUGCCCUGGGGAAACAUGGGCUAUUUACUACAAUCCACAAGUAUUACGAACCUGAAGAAUGGUUAGAAUUCGCCAAAAACAAUAAAGACAUUUUACCACAUAUAGCUGUUACUUGUGGUAUAAAUGACCAUGAAUUUGAAAAACUCAAAAGAAUAUUGGAAGUUGUACCAGAUAUAUCUUUUAUUUGCCUCGAUGUAGCUAACGGUUAUACUCAACAAUUUGUGGAUAUUGUUCGAAAAACGCGAGCAGCAUAUCCACAACAUACAAUAAUUGCCGGUAAUGUGGUUACUGGUGAAAUGGUUGAAGAAUUAAUUUUGUCUGGUGCUGAUAUAAUUAAAGUUGGUAUUGGUCCUGGAUCAGUAUGUACCACACGUAUUAAGACUGGCGUGGGUUAUCCUCAGUUAAGUACGGUUAUUGAAUGUGCUGAUGCUGCCCAUGGUUUGCAAGGACAUAUUAUUUCUGAUGGUGGAUGUGUCUGUCCUGGAGAUGUUGCCAAAGCAUUUGGUGCCGGAGCAGAUUUUGUUAUGCUCGGUGGCAUGCUUGCUGGACAUGAUCAGAAUGGAGGCGAGUUAACCAUUAAACCAAAUGGUACUAAGUGUAAAUUAUUUUAUGGUAUGAGUUCAUUGACAGCUAUGAAGAAACAUGCUGGUGGUAAAGCAGAGUACAGAGCUGCUGAAGGUAAAGCCGUUGAAGUACCAUAUAGAGGUGAUGUAAAUGAAACUAUUCUUGAUAUACUUGGUGGACUUCGUUCAGCAUGUACCUAUACUGGAGCACAUACAUUAAAAGAGUUACCAAAGCGUGCCACAUUUAUUCGAUGCACUCAACAAGUAAACUCUGUGUACUCAAAUAUAACUACUCGUGAAUAAUUAAUGCCCACGUUUUAUGAUAUUGUACAUGGUAAAAAAGGUAUUUUUUUUUACCUGAUAUAUGGUAUAAUAUUCAAUUAUUGAUUCUAUAGUAUAAUUUAUUCCAAAGUCACAUUUUGCAUUACCUAAGCGUCAGUAGAAUUUAAGACUGUAUUUUUAAAGGUUGUAUAAUAGUUUUUUUUUCUAAAAAGUCAUUUCAAUUUUGUGAUAGAAAAAUUUUCUCAUUGUACUUUUAUUAAUUCAUAAAUCAUAAUCAAUCAUUAAUUAGUGAGGUUAAAAUUAAUUUGAAAUACAAUUUAGGUUAGAUCUGAUUUUUUUUUUUAAAAAUUUAAAUGUUAUUCUUAAUAUUUGAACAUGAAAUAUUAUAUUAGAUUUAGUAUAAUUGUUUAUUUACUUUAUACAAAAAGUAACUCAAAUUCUACGCAAUAUAAUUCUAAAACUGUGAUGUGAUUUUUUUUUCUAUGUUUAGGAAUAUCUUUAGUUGUAUAAUUUAUAAUUAUAACUUAUAAAUUGUAAAAAUGUAUUAGUUAUGUUGAUUUUUAUAGAUUUUUAAUCCUAUUUAUGAUCUGACUACAAUUGAAUAAUUUAAUGCUAUUAAUAAUUAUUAAAAAAAAAGAAAUUAAUUUGUUUUGAGUGUUUGUACAAUUAUUUUGAAACUUCUAUAUUUUACUUGUUUUUAUUUUUUAAUUAACUAAUAAAUAAAAUAAAAUUUAAAUUGUA